GGAUAUUUGGCUCAACUCCUGGUGGACAGAAAACUUGUGUUCAUAUUCAUCAAGUAUUUCCUUACUUAUACAUACCUUACGAUGGAACUAAACCCACAGAUAAAUAUCUGAAACAAUUUACGACAAGUGUAGACUUUGCUGUUCAAGUUGCGUUUGGUAGAACAUCAUCUUCUAUGAAAUAUGUUCAUAAAACUGAAAUUGUUAAAAAAAUACCAUUUUAUGGUUAUCAUGAGAACGAAGAAGAGUUUAUUAAGAUGGAGUUGUACAAUCCAAGAAUAAUUCCCAAAAUGGAGCUAUAUUGAACAAGUCAUUUCAACCACACGAAGCUCAUGUUCCUUAUAUUCUACAGAUAAAAAUCUUUCAUAUAAUAAUAAAUCAAUUCCACUUCAUGGUUCAUCUCCAAAUUCAUUUCUCAAUUUUCCUUCAUCUCAACACUGGAAUGAAGACACUAUUCCUAGAAAUUUAUGCCUGGAUCCUACUGUGAAAAAGUCAGUCGUUGUGAACUUGAAGUUGAUGUAAUUGCUGAAGACAUCUUGAAUCAAAUAAUUGUUGAAAGUUGUAUUGGUCAUAAUCCUGGUAUAACUGCUAUGUGGGAAGAUGAAAGACAACAAAGAUGAGAUAUUGGACUAUCUUCACAAGUUGCUCUUCCUGUUUCACAAGCUAAAACGAUGUGUAAAUUGCACAUUGCACACCAUUAAUUCGCACACUGAUGUUGAAGCACCUGUAUUGAAUCUUGAGGAAGAAUUUAUAAAAAGAAUCAAAGAAAUUAUUGAUGAAAGAAAUAAAGUGAUUCAAAGUGAGUUGGAGACAAUGGAAAAAUCUCUUUCACCCAAAGACUUUAAAGAAUUUUCUCAAAGUAUUUUGUCACAAGGCAAGCAACUGCAGUGUGAAGCAACAAUAAACCAAGAUGUGGACGUGGAUAGUCCAGUUGUUGAUCAGUCAGUUAUAGAUGCACUACAAGCCAGCCAGGCCAGCAAUUCAUCUGGAGAGUUGGAUAAAGAAUUGGUGGAGAUUUUAAUGAGUUUGGAUAAGGAUGACAAUGAAACACUGCUGCAUGAAUGUUCUCAUAUUGCGGGCUCACAAAAAGGUAGUGAUGAUGAACAUGAUGAAGAUAUUGAUGAAGAUAAAGAAUCAAUAUUAAUGUCACAGCCAUUUUGGAAAGAUGAUGAAGAGGAGCAUGAUUCCCAAAGUUCGGAGGAUGAAGAGGAAAUGGACUGAAAACCACCUUUACGUAUGCCUCAAGUGGAUGGUCCUGGUGAUGACGAGGAUUCCAGGGGACAUGUGUAGUCAAUCAAUUUUCACUCCGCG